AUGGACAAGGAGGGCAGCAGCACGAGGGACGAGGAAGUUCUAGUGGAGGGGGUUUCCGAUGGAGGCGGCGUUAGCCUCGCAGGGGAAACCAAACACGCAGACAGUAGCGGAGCGGCGACCGGAGCGAUGGCUAGGGGACGGGGGAAGACAGAGGGGUCCAAUGCGAUGAAGGUGUGCAGUGGGUACCUCAAUGACUACGGGAUUGUUCCGGAAGAUUCUUGGGGCACGGCGCCGAAGGCGAUUCAGAAAUCCUGGAUCAAGAUGAACUGCGACAGGGUGCUAGGCAUGAACGGGUUCAGCCUGGAAGAUCCCCCAUCAAGGGGCCGAAAUCGCGCCAUUGUCGUGGUCUGGAAUAACAUUAACGGGUGGCUGGACUAUCUCCGGCCAUCUUUUGUUAACGACGCGAGGGACAUCUGUGCUACGGAGUGCGUCUUUACCAACGAUAGGAGUCUGCUGCCGAGGGCUGACGGCGUGUUGUUCCACCUCCCCACGUUCAACAAGAAGGACGGGUUUCCGAAACAAAAGCCACCCGCCGCAGAUUACGUCUUCGCCAACCUCGAGCCCACGACCUACGAGAAUGUGCAGCCUCUCCUCCGCAACAAACAGUUUAUGUCCAAGUUUGACCUUUCGAUGACAUACGAGCGGAACAGCGACGUGCCACUAGGGUAUGUGGGCAGCUCUUCGACCUCGAGGUACUUCAAGGCGCCCAAGGCUAGCUUCAAGCAAAAGGACGGCUUCGGGUCUCCAGAUGCGAUAGCGGCGUUUGUUUCUAACUGCAAAGCCGCCGGAGCUACCAACCGGUUCGCGUACAUGGAGGAGCUGAUGAAGCACGCUACCGUGCACUCUUUCGGCUAUUGCUUACACAACAGGGAAGAGCCGCAGCUUGUUCCUGGAAGCGGCGCAACCAACCGGCAAGAAAACAAGGUCGCCGUCCUCGGCCACUACAAAUUCCUUCUGGCUUUCGAGAACAACAAUCAAAUAAGGGACUACGUUACCGAGAAGGUGUACAACGGGCUGCAGUCGGGCACUCUACCGGUGUACUGGGGUGCGGAAAACGUCGAAGAUUUCGUUCCAAAGGGCUCGGUGGUCAAGGCUUCUGAUUUCUCGAGCCCGGCGGACCUGGGCAAUCACCUGAAGAUGCUGGCGGCAAACGAAGAGGCCUACGAAGCGUACUUCAAGUGGAGAGACGAUCCUGAGGAGGAAAGGCGGUUUGCCGAGAAGGUCAUCUCUCGCUCGGCGUACGGGGUAAACGCCAUGUGCCGGUUGUGCGAUCGAGUGUUGAGCGAACAAGAGUCACUGCGGUGACAUGCAUAGGGGCGGUCACAGAAGUUUGAAAAGGAAGAAGUGUUGAGUGGAGGGCAUAGACAUGAAGUUGGGAAUAACGCUAGGGCGGGGUGACGGAGGGGGUUGCUAUUUCAUCAAUCGAAAGCAGGUUUCGCACAGAGCAAAAGGAGUGCAGCAGCGGAGUGCCCAGUCGAAAGCACGAGGGGCGUCAACCGUUUCCGCCAGGACAUUGCGAAGAUGUUCCGCGUUGGAUCUGGUAUUUGUGACCCCCGGAAGGAAAGGAAGGGAGAGACCGCCCAUUGGCCAGAAGCCAUCAGUGGCGACUUCUUCUUCGUAUUGUCACUGUAUUAAGUGCGUGUUCUUCGUUGUGUUGUCAAAUGUGUGUGCUGUAACAUUCUGUCGCGCGCAUGCCGCUAGGGCCCCCUAUAUUUGAAGUUUCCUGACACGUGUUCUACGUACCGAUCGACGAAACGUAAGCCAAGUGCAGGGUGUGCAGGGGGGGCUGGUGAAGGGUGUUGCUGGAAUCGCGGCGAGGCUUUUCGUAUGAGUUUGUUUUGGUUUUGGAUGUUGGAUGAAUUUCGCGAACUCUUGAGUUCAUACUUUAGUUGCUGUGCGGUUUCGGUUGGCCCCAAUUGGUGGGUGUGUGAGACUCAGAGGCUCGAUGGUUCGUAUGUACAGUAGUCGGGAAUUUGGUUUGAAAUUUUGUUUGUGAUGCUGUCCCACCUUGUUCGUUUGGUGGUCUUCAUGCUUACCGUCACGUGAAAUGUUGACAUGUACAGUUUUGUUGUCUUGGUGUUUCUAUGGCUGGGCGUCCGUGUUGCCUACAAACGUGCCACGUACCUCUUGAAGUAUCCGAGCAUUUGUUUUUCUUUUCCAGUCUCGGCAGCAGUGUGAUGCGGUGGUGUGGCCUGCAUGUGGCCUCUACUUUCGUACUACAUAUGCAGCAGCGUGGUGGCGGUAUUUCUCUACACCCGCUAGCUAGAGUUGAGGGAAGGACAUGAUACCAACCAGACACAUGUCUGUCAGUUUUCGGUUCCUCUCGUCCAUGAUCAAUUGAAAAAACAAUACUCUUGCCAAACGUACAUGCAUCGACCAAACAAGUGGAUAUUGGUCACGUUGACAAAGAGGCACUGUAGUGGGGUCAUGUACGGUACGGCGGUGGAGUUGUCUAGGACUGGCUCGAUUUCCCUGCUACCAAAGAGCAAUUACUCGGAGUAUGUACCUCAUUUUUCUGGAGCAAGAAAUCCGUUUCCUGGGAUGGGACAACGGCGGUGAUUGUGAUUGCUUUGCCUGCUUUCUUCAGAGGUCUUGUGCGUCCCGCUAGGAACGUGUUGGUACCGCGCAGCUAAACGUUUUGCAAGUACAUCGACGUGAGGGGCUGUGUGUGGUCGCUAUGAGGAGGCUGCUGCUGUACUUCGGUACGGGGUGUUCAUAUUUCUCUAUGCGAAGUUCUUACGAAGUUUUAUUAUUUUGUGGUUCUGAGCCGCUCAGGGUGCUUGGGCGAUUGAUAGUGCGAUGCGCGCUUCGGUUCUCCUUCGUGAAUAUACAACUAC